GUGUUUUCUUGAAGAGGUAGGCAUAUAUAAAGAGACCACCGACACCCUUAACUACACAGUUUGCCAUUGAUGCGAAGUAAGGCAAGAUGUUCACGAUGUUUUUAAGGCUGUUGGUGUUGUUGGUGAUCACUUCGUUUGUUGUCGGUCAUCGUCAGAAGAGGAACAUCUAUGAUGAAGACAUGAAACUGUUAGAAGAAUUGGAGGAUCUUAUUCACAAAGAUGGCAACAUCCAAGCAUACUUGGGACAUUGUGAAGACAAACACCAGCAGUUGGAUGGACGUAGUCCAAAAUCUCUAUUGAACCAAUUUAAUGGCGCCAGCCGUUCACCUAUUGCUAUCAGGAAAUUGGGAAAAUUCAGGACCAGGCUUCAAAAUGACACACCACUGGUAAAUAGGCUUUCAAAAGAUGAAGUGGACAAACUAAUCAUUCAAAUUGAUGAUGUUUUGGGGCAAGUGAACACGCAAACGACUUGUGACGCGUCUACGCCCUACCGUACCCUAGAUGGGAGCUGUAACAACCUUGUCCAUACCGAAAUAGGAAUGGUGGAAACGCCAUUAACAAGGGUUGUUGGCAAUGCAUACGGAGAUGGUGUUGGUACACCACGCACGUUGUCAGUAAACGGUGGACCACUACCAAGUGCCAGAACAGUCUCGCUUGGUGUAUUCGAUGGCAGUACUGAGACAACAUCCGAUUUUACAUCACUUGGUGUACACUUUGGGCAAAUUACUGAUCAUGAUCUAUCGGCAGUGAACAGACAACAAGUUGAUUGCAGUGAGUGUGCCGUUGAGGGCGAAUGCUUCGCUAUUACAUUUGACUCACCUGACCCAGUGUUUGGGGGAAAAAGUUGUUUGGAUUUCACUCGAGCGCAUCAUGAGACUGACAGUAACGGAGUUCGCCAACAACUCAACUCUAUCACCACGUGGUUGGAUGCAUCAUUCGUGUAUGGGUCCAGUGAUAUGACUGCAGAUACACUUACUGACGAGUGUGGUUCCAUGGUGCACCUUACAGAUAGCGUGACAGGCCGACCCCUUCUCCCUCCAAAUACCGCCUUUACCGAUUGUUUUGGGAUCGACGCAGAACAAAACAUUUACUGCGGUCUCGCUGGGGACGGUCGGGCCGCUGAGCAGCCCGGACUCACCUCCCUCCACACCCUGUUCCUACGAGAACACAACCGCAUUGCUGCAGAGCUGCGUGCACUCCGCCCUACAUCAACCGCCGAUGAAGUGUUCCAUAAAGCUCGUAAGAUUGUAGGCGCUGAAUGGCAGCAUAUAUUAUACAAUGAAUACCUUCCACAGAUUAUUGGUGCUACUCUCUACAAUGCUAACGAACUCGGUCCGGAUGCUCCGUAUGAAUACAACCCAGCCGUUGAUGCGUCUAUUGCUAACAUGUUUGCUGCGGCCGGGUUCCGAUUCGGGCACACCGAGGUACCAGACACAAUAAUACGAGCCGGAACAAAAUACCGUGCCUCGAACAUACCACCGAUUCAAAUGAGUGAAGCAUUCUUCAAUGCUUCGUAUAUAUUUGAUGAAUCAAUACCUGAUGGUGCGGUAGAUUCUAUCUUGAGAGGAAUGACAAUUCAAGAAUUGGAUUUGGUUGAUGGACAUCUGACGUCAGCAAUUAUUGACAACCUGUUUGGAGAUCCGGAUGCGACAGGUGAUGGACUUGACCUUGCAGCGCUGAAUAUUCAACGAGGGCGUGAGCAUGGCUUGCCAAGCUACGCUGUGAUCAGGGAGGAGUUUUGUGGAGCAAGCGCCAUCAACGAUUACUCUGACUUAACUGACAUUGGUGGAGCUAACCUCGAUAAGCUUAAACAAGUCUACGGAGAUAAUGGUGUACGAGACAUCGAUGCUUUCGCUGGUCUGAUCCUUGAAGACCAUCUUCCGAAUGCUCUGGUGGGCCCAACCUUGGCUUGCAUAUUCGCGGACCAAUUCAAACGACUCAAAUUCGGAGACCGUUUCUUCUACAAAAACUCUGAUCAGUUUACAGUAGAUGAAAUUGAAGAGAUUCAAAAAGCAACCUUCGCAAGAUUGAUGUGUGAUAACGUGGAAGGGGUUACGAAAAUCCAACCAUUUGUCUUCGUGGCACCUAAGAACUUUCAGACGAAAGAAAGACGGUAUAACUCGUUCCACGAGUACAGCAAGUCUGGUGACUGGCCCCAUACAAGAUCCACAAUCCUGAAUGGAUUAAACAACCAUCGAAAAUCCUGCUCAAACACAAAUUUCAUUCCCAAACUUGAUAUCAAUAGAUUCUAAAACUAUAAUUAUGCAAAUGUGUACUUUUGGGACGCUUGGUGGCAGCAUACUUACCAUGUAAAGCGUAGUUGGUAGUGUGCGCAAGCUAAAACUUACGUAAACAAUGGAAGUUUACCUGGUGAGUCUGCCGCCACCUAGCGUCCCAACGUCUCCCAUAGGCCAUGCCUUAUAUUAUUGUAAUCGUUUCCGAAAAAUUAAUGUAAGACUUACAAAUCGAUGUCAAAACAAAGUUGUUCCCAGAACAAGGGGCAAAUUAAUGGAGGUGCUACGGCUAUGCACAACGAUGCUUACCGGAGUAAGGUGUUAAAUUUGCAUCGGGGAUAAAGAAUACUAUUUGGCUUUCUUCAUACAAAUACACCUGUGUGAUGAAGCAUGAUAUGAUCAUUUUUCAAAAGUUUAAAAAUAAUAUUUCCACUGGAGGUACUGAAUUUACUUUUCUCAUCCACCCAGUUACCUCAUUCACCCAGAAUGUUGACUGACACUCAUUCGCUCAAACUCUGUUUGGUGUGCAAUCACUCUACGUCAACAAUAAUUGUACACAUAGUAUCAAUGCCACGUGGCAUGCCCCUAACCAAUGAGAAAGUUUAAAAUUGCGAGUAUGGAACAACUCAAAUUUGAAAUAUACUCACAAUUCUCAUGGUUUCUUAAAGUUGUUUGGGUAUUGGUCUGGUUGACAGUAGUCAGUUGAUCAUUUGAAGAAUAAAACACAAACUGAUGAAGAAAAAAACAUACAAAGCGCAAUGUAAAAUUUGGUCAUAUUAAUUGCUCGGUUUGCACUGAGCUGCAACCCUAAGCCAUCCGUUUUGUCAGAUUCUUUAUCAAACUGAUUGUCCAAUUUAGAGAAAACAAAGUCGACGGGCUUUACAAGCUCCAGAACUUCACAAACUAGUCCAAAACCACACAUACAACGCCCUAUAUGGUACCACCAAGAAAGGGUAUAAAGGCAGUUCAGCAAUAGACAUGACUGCUAUGACGAAGCUCCUAUAUAUAGCUUAGGUGUAGAAGUAAAACAGAACUUAAAAUAAUCACUGAUAAAUAAAGAGAAGUUUUGCUCAGCAUAAAAA